GUGAUCAUUAGUUUAAUUGAGACCCAUAAUCCCCGUAUUACAGCUUCUACAAAAUUAUGAAAUACUAAACACCUUGUUUAUGCUCCUUCGAUUAGUUUCAGAAUUUUAUUCAUUAUCAUCUCAAAAUUUUACUGUUCCUAUGGUGUCUCGAAGGUUAUCGACGGCGGGAUGUUUGAUUGUGUGAUCACUCGCUUUUUUAUUACCUAAAUAACUGAGAUACAAAUAUCAUAAACAAAUUAAUACUACCUUGAAAAAUUGUCAUAAACAUCAAAAAGCGAUCAUACAGUAUACAUGAUUUCAUCUUAAUCUGAGGGUAUUCAGUUUUUUGGCUUGUUUAUUACCAGCUGGAUUACGUUUGUGUCUGUUGUCGUAUAUAAAUGCAGAGUUAUGAAAUCUUUACUCCUUUGGAAACAUCUUGCCUAUUAAAUUUAACACAAGCCCUAUUAUGGAUGACUUAACCAAACAAUCUGAUUUCAAGCUAUCGAUUCAGGGUAAAAGUAUCAGAAAUUAUGGCUCUCAUUCCAGGUAUAUGUUGUCUGUUAAUCGCCUCCCCAAACACACUGACUCCCCUCCUUCUUAUUAUAGAUCAGCUAUCAGCUUAGGACCUAAAUCAGGUUCCACAUUAUGGAACAGCAGCACAUCAAGUCUCGGUGGCAAUGUAAGCGACAGAUUAAAUGACUUGAAUGGUCGUAUUUCAAAACUUGAACUAAAUGAAAGCACUAAUUCAAGUAAAAAACUGUGCAAUGGUUACCAUACCGAUUAUUUCCCGGUCAAAAAUCUCCAGUCAAUAGAUCGACGGGAAUUUUCGGAAAUCAAUAACACAAAUAGCAGCAAGAAUUCUGUACGUUGUUUGGACUCUUCCCUAACUAGUCCUCUUCGUGCAACAGUUAGUCUUCCAGUAAACUCUCAUCACUCAUAUCACAGAGGUGGACUUGUGGGCCUUAAUAAUCUUGGAAACACUUGUUUUAUGAAUUCAAUUCUUCAAUGCUUAAGUAAUACAGCUCCACUUACUGAGUAUUGCUUGGAAGAUCGAUUUUUAAAAGACAUCAAUAAAUCAAGUUCCAUGAAUGGGUUGUUAUUUCAUUCAUAUGCUGAUUUAAUGAAAGAAAUUUGGGAUCCUGAUAUGGCUAAUUCUUCCACUAGUCCAAGUCGAUUUAAAAGUCAAAUUCAACGAUUUGCUCCUCGAUUUAUGGGAUAUUCUCAACAGGAUUCACAAGAAUUCUUACGAUAUGUAUUGGAAGGUCUUCAUAUGGAAGUAAAUCGUGUUCAAAAGCGUCCAAAUCCUAUUAAACCAGAUUAUGAAGCGGAAGAUUGUCUCCCAGACAAUGAAAAGGCUAAUUUAUAUUGGAGACGAUAUUUAUCUAUGGACAAUAGUGAAAUUGUAGAUCUAUUUGUCGGACAAUUAAUGAGUACACUUGAAUGUGGUGAAUGUUCAUUCAAAUCAACUACAUUUGAUCCGUUUUGGGAUUUAAGUUUGCCGAUACCAAAAAAAUCAAACGUCAGUAUAUUGGAUUGUUUAAAUUUAUUCACGUCUAAAGAAGAGCUAGAUGGUAAUGAAAGACCCAUUUGUAGUCGAUGUAAAACUCGAAGAAGAUGUGCCAAAAGUUUUUCAAUUCAGAAAUUCCCACAAAUUCUCGUACUUCAUUUGAAACGUUUCUCUGGUGAACGUUUUCGUUCGAAAAUGUCGGUUAUGGUUGAUUAUCCUUUAAGAAAUUUAGAUCUGAUUGGAUUUGCUACUUCAAGUUGCACCCAGAAAUCAGCUCAAUACAAAUUAUACGCAGUUUCAAAUCACAGUGGAAGUGUAUAUACUGGACACUACACUGCAUCUUGUUUAAAUCCUUAUACAGGCGAUUGGCACUCAUUUAAUGACAGUCAUGUACAUGCAAUCUCAGAAAACUCAGUUGUUUCUGCUGAAGGUUAUGUACUUUUCUAUACUCUUAUUCGAUAAAUUAUUGAUUUAUUGAUUGAUUAAAUUGGUUUUCUUUUUUUUUCUUUUUUUUUAAAAAAAAUUUUAUUGUUUUGAUUUGUGUUUUAUAAAGUUUAAAGCUGAAGAGGUUUACAUUACUGAUGUAUAGAUACACACUUAUAAUGUACAUUGUAUAAUGCCCCCCCCCCAAUGUAAUUGUUACCAUGGGUUAAUUAAUCUUAUUAUAUAUAAACAUUUAGUUAUUAUUAUUAUUAUUAUUGUACUGUGGUUAUUUUCUGAUUACUAUCUAAUUAUUAUUAUGCAUAAUAAUAACGCUCAAUUGAAUACUAUAAUACUUGAGCUCACUAUUGUUUUUGGGCUAUCAUGGAAACAAGAGAGAGAGAAAAAAAUAGUAUCUAUACAUAAAGAGAGAGAGAGAGUGAGUAAAAUGAAGUAAUGAUUAAUGAUAUGUAAUUGUAAACUACUUAAAUUACCUGAUACCUUAGUAGUAGUAGUAUAUUUAUAUAUAACUUUCUUUUUAUAAGUGAUUAACAAGCCAAUCUAUUGUAAACUGUUGUGUAUUCAUUCUCACUGAAGCAUCCAUGUAGCAUGUACAAUACUGAUAUACAUAUAGAUAUACAGCAUACAUUAAAAUGAACAUAUACUUGUUAAUUCGCAUAUUUUUACUUGUAUGUGUAGAUUAUACUUAACAAUUGAAGUGUUCUUACCUUGUUCGAUUACUUUUAUUGUUGACAUUAUAUUCCUUACAGUAUUGUCUUCCACGAAUGUCCAUACAACUACAUAUAUAUACCGUGUACAUCUUCUUUAAUACAUAAUGUAAUUUUUGAUUCAUAUCCUAUCACUACUACUACUACUACUACUAC